AAGAUUUUUUAGUUGUUUACUUAAGCUAAUAAGUGAAAAAAAAAAAAAAAAAAACGCGUUAUAUUUGGUUUGAUUUAUAAAUUUUUCAAAAAUGUCAACUGAAAUCACCGGGAAAUCGAAUAGUAAUAAGAAAUUAAAAGAAUAUCAUGAAUCUGAAGGCCUUUGUCACGAACGUGCAGAAAAAAAUCGUCAACGAGCAUUAUUGUUGAAAAAAUCAAAACUUUCUGCCCAUUCUCAUUCUCAAGAAAAUGAAGAAAAACAUAAAGAUGAAGCUGUCCAAGGUAGAUCUAUCAAGGUACAAGGACAAACAGUUAUUGAUACUGGAGGUGGUUUUUUAAUUGAAGACGACGAUGAUUUGGAGCAGCAGAUGUUAAAAAUAGAAGAGAUACCCGCACCAAUAAUAGAAAAUUUGCCACAAUGUGAAGAAUGUAAAAAAGAUUUUAAGGAUUCAUACCUAUUGCAGAAAUUUGAUUAUGCUGUUUGUGAUGCAUGCAGAGAUCCAGAUGAUAAGCAUUCAUUAAUAACUAGAACAGAAGCAAAAGAAGAGUAUUUAUUAAAAGAUUGUGAUUUUGAUAGAAGAGAACCUAAUCUAAAGUAUAUUGUAAAGAAAAAUCCACAUAAUCCACGUUGGGGUGAAAUGAAAUUGUAUUUACAUUUGCAAAUUGAAAAACGAGCUCUAGAAGUAUGGGGUACAGAAGACGAUUUAUUAGAAGAACGUGAAAAACGUGAUGUUAAGCGCCAGGAAGGAAAAUUAAAAAAAUAUAAUAAAAAACUCAAACAAUUAAGAAUGGAAGUAAGAAGUUCGAUUUAUGAUAAAACCAAAAAAUCAUCUCACACCCAUAAGUUUGGCGAAGAUAAGUACAAUGAAGAAGAUGAUACAUAUACUCGUGUUUGUGUUGAGUGUAAUUUUGAAGAAACUUUUGAAAAAAUGUGAAUAUUCAGUUUGUCCGCAUAGUUAUUUUAUACUCAAAAAAAUGAUUGUCUAUAGUAGUUUUUUAAAAUUAAUUUAUUGAUUGAAAUAGUCAAAUGAUACGUAUAUAACAACUGUAUCUAGUUUUAAUAACAGUUUACAUAAAUUUAUUCAAUGCUAAAAUAUUUUGUGAGAUUAAACGAUUUAUUUUAUACAGUAUUAAAAUAUUAAAUUCAAACAAAUAAUUUGUUAAGCCUAUCUAGAUUAUUUUUUACAUUUUUUUAUAAUACCAAACAAAAAAAUAAAAUGUAAUUCACAACGUCGAAUGAUAAAGUUAUAACUAAUAGACAAACAAUUAUUCGUACAUAAGCAUUAAACAAAUAAUGUUUUAUUUUGUAAUAAGUUAUAAAUAAAUUUUUUUCCAUAAAUGAUAAAUGCAACAAAUGAAGUUGAUAUAUUUCUUAAACUAUUAAAAAAUAAAAUUUGCUUAAUUUUAACGAUCUUGGUAAUUAAUUACUUUUGCGUUGAUUCCACAUAUUGUACUAUAUACACUUCUCACAAAAAUUAAAGGAGCAAAAAAAAAAUCCAAAUUUUUGGGGGUUUU